UAUUUGCAAUAUGCCAUCUAAUAGUAGUCAUGUUCUCCGUUGAGUGACAGAAAGUGUUUAUCUGACACAUGCAAUGUUGAUGAAAACUUACUUUGCAUGACUAAACUUCAAUCCAACAAGACAUACGAGUAACUUUAAACAUUUUACAGAGUCACAAGAUCUUCGAACUCUUGUUUCCUUGUGUCAAUACCAACUUUGUAGUGCCAGUGGGACAUUUGUAGUAGCUGUAAUGAGGUAGACGUCUGAGCUACGUUAUAGACAAACAAACUGCCUCUUUUUCUUUAGUAGCCGAUACAUGUGAGAACGUUCCGACGGACAGAAUGGCCGGUAGACUUUACCAAGCGGUGCCAUAUAGUGCACAUACGCCCCUAAACGUAAACAUGCCCUGUGGCCAUUCACUGUUUGCUACCAACAAAUCACAUGUACAGCAAUCAAACACGCACCUGUAUACAUCUAUUAGCACCGCUGCGUUCAUAAUAUUUGCCUUUCAGCAGAUUUAUCGUAGCUUUGAACCAAGAUGGUGGACUAUGACGCCGCGCUCGGCUACCUGGGCUCCAUGGGAAAGUACCAGGCAGUCCAGGUGGCCAUGAUCUUGGUCAUGAUAUUCCCUGGAAACUUUCACAUGCUGUCCAUGCCUUUUAUAGGCGCACAGGUGUCUCAUCACUGUGAAAUUCCCGAAUCACAAACGGCAGGACUACAACCCGAUGAUACCUGCGUUCUGAACUACUCGCUUCCGUGGAGCUACGACCAAACUACGGACACGUUUUCUCCCGGCUCGUGUUUCCGUUACGAUGUCGGCGUGUACGAGCUGGGAAAUCUGUCGUGUCCCAUGAUGCGAGACGCGACAGGAAACAGGACAGCGAAACCCUGCGAUGCAGGCUGGCGGUAUGAUCGGCAACAGUACAAGAGUAGCAUCUUCAUGGAGUUCGACCUCGUGUGUGAAAACCAGGCGCUGAACAACCUUGCACAGGCCAUGUACAUGCUGGGUGUUCUCAUAGGUUCUAUCGGCUUCGGACAGCUCUCGGACAUUAUUGGCAGGAAGAAAACCAUGUUCUUGGCCAUCUUUGUGCAAGUCGUGUUUGGUGUAGCGACAAUUUUCGCGCCCAACUACGCUGCCUUCGUCAUCUUCCGCCUUAUCGUCGGUGGUGGAGUCCUCGGUGCCUUCCUUUCAGGGUUUGUGAUUGUCACGGAACUGGUAGGAGCGGACAAGAGAACGCUGGUUGGGACGUUACUACAAGGAGCUUUCUCUGCCGCCAACAUGGCACUGGCGGGCAUAGCGUAUGCAAUCCGGGACUGGCGCACUCUGCAGCUUGUUGUAUCGGUUCCUAAUGUAGCCAUGCUGUUCUUCUGGUGGUUUGUGGGCGAGUCUCCAAGAUGGCUGCUGUCCAAAGAUCGUGACGAUGAAGCCGAGGCAAUCGUUCGGAAAGCAGCGAAGAUGAACGGAGUCACGAUUCCUGAGGACGUGUACAAAACAAAAGUGCAACACACCGAGAAAGUGCCUGAUGAAGAGAAACGUUACAGCGCUAUUGACCUGGUCAGGACUCCAAACAUGGCCAAAAUGUCUCUUGUCGUCUUCCUCAACUGGUUGGUUGUGACGAUGGUGUUUUAUGGUCUGGCGCUGAACACGUCAUCCCUGGCCGGAGACGACUAUCUCAACUUCUUCAUCAGCGGUGCUGUGGACAUCCCAGCAUACAUCAUCGCGAUCUUUUCCAUCGAGUAUUUCGGAAGGCGCAAACCACAUGUGUCCUUGAUGCUGAUUGGAGGGAUUGCCUGUAUCAUCACUCCAUUCCUGGCGCCACCUUUCCUCGCACAGAAUUUGAAUGCCUUAUCCAUCACAAUGUCAAUGAUCGGCAAGUUCGGUAUCACAGCUGCCUUUACCAUCAUCUACAUCUGGACCGUCGAGAUGUACCCAACAGUUGUCAGAAAUGUUGGAAUCGGGGCCUCUUCCAUGUGGGCUCGGGUGGGUGGCAUCAUUUCUCCCUUCGUCCAACUGUCCGACACUGCGUGGGGCCCUCUUCCCUACCUCAUCUUCGGCGCCCUGUCUGUGGUGGCCGGCCUGGCCGCCAUGCUGCUGCCGGAGACGCUCGGGGUUCGUCUGCCGGACACACUGGAGGAAGGAGAGAACUUUGGAAAGGUGACGAAGGUGCCACCAAUCACGAACGGGUCAUCUGUACGCACAAAUGAGAAGGAGAAGGAAGCACACGUCAACCCGGCCUUCAGCACAAAACUGGAGGAUCGUGAAGGUCGCGCCGGCUCCGUGGACAGUGACACGAGUUACACGGCAGCCAUGGCAGUGACACAAUUGUAAACAAUCAAAGCCAUUGUACACACUUAACUUAGAUAUUGAUUUUAAUGAGGGACGUUUGUAUUAUUCUGGUUUUAUAUGGUUAUGUUGUCGAUGUCCAUGUAUAGUUUUCAGGUUGCAACAUAUAGUACACAUCCGUAUGUAGUAAUCCAAAUCAUAUUGUGUAGUAUAGAAAUGUGUCUUGAGUUUUCCUCAUUACGAAACACUGCAGCCGCGAUCAAACAAAGAUUUACAUUUUUCCGACUCAGCUAUACGCAUUUCAUUUCUGUAUCUAUAUAGCCGGUAUAACCGCCCUUCGGCGUAACACACCAGCUACAGUUGGCGCACGGCGCGGCAGCAGCUGGUUAUAUUACACUACAUGACCUGUCACAUCUAACUUUUGCACAUUUGACAGAAAAUGUUGUUUUUGAUUAACACUAUCUAGUGAGGAUGCACCCACUACCAUACUCGAUGACAAGGAAUUCUCUUCUAUACAAAUUCUAGAAAAGUGCGAAUGUCUAAACAUAUCCAUUCAUUUGAGACAAUAUAGAACUAGAAGCCUCACAUUUUGUUAUUUCCAGCCACUCGAAGACAUUCGAUAUCACUGGUGUCUUGACUUUUGAACAUUGCCAAUUUUGUUAUCAUAAACCGUAUGUUUAUGUUUUAUAUACUAUGACGAAGCUGUAGACAUGUGUGGAAACUAUUAUCAUUCAUAAGAUCAAAGAGAAUCCAUUCUUGAUGCAGUAGACGGCUUCGAAUGUAUGAUUACCGAAGCUUUUCAGACAGCGCUCUGAACGCUUUGGUCUUUCAGCUUUGCAUUUCUGGCGAUAUCACUGACGUUGGACAAAACGAGAAUGUUAUGCUCACGGACAUAAAGGCUAUGUAUGCAUACUCUCCAAGCAGAGGUCGAAUCGCGCAGAUAUAGUAGUAGUCGGAAAAAUUACACUCGCGCUCUUACUGUGUAAAGCCU